UGUAAUAUCCACAGCCGCCUGUGUUACGUGAAUCAGUGGAGAAAUCAUGCAUUUGCUAUCUCUGAUAGUCAUACCUAUUUUUCUCUUCCCUUUAGUUACUGUGAGAGUGGCAGGUAAUACAAAUCACAGCAACACAGGAGGAGAUCAAUAUGACUUGCAUCAAUGUAUUUCUGAAGAAUACAUCAAUCUCAAAGAAGGGAAGUCAUUCCAAAUUUUUUGGAGGAGAUCAUCCCUGGAAUCCUCCAAAGGUGAAGAGUUUCGUGGUUAUCGCCUUGCAGUAAAUUCAGUGUUCAUUGCUUACAUGCCCAAAUAUUCCUUAAACAUGACAUGCAUCACAUUUAUUAACGAUCCAAGUUGGAAGGAAUUCUGCCACAAGAGAUUAGAAUUCUGUAGCAACACAACACAUAUUCUACUAAUUUUGAGAAAUAUUUCAAGUGAUGAACAUUGGGACUUCACUCUGACACAUGUGUUGAAGAGCACAUCGGCCUGUAAUCCUCAAGACAUCAAAAUCGUCAGAGUUAUCAUGCCUUCCCCAGUGGUGUUAAGUACUGUAUCAGUAGUUCCUCACAAUACUGUUAGGACACCAAUCUCAGAAACAACAGGUUUAGGGAGGCUUAUAACUCCAAGUGUUGACAUUAACAACCUGUCUGGUAGCUCAACAGCCUCAGUGGUUCCAACCCCAAUAAGCACUACCUUAACUGGUUCAUCUUCAAGUGUUCAAAACACUGCCAGGCCACCAACUACAGGAACAGGCAACAGAUAUGAGGCUAUCAUAUCUGUUCCCAUUGUGGUUCUUGCAGUAUUAAUAGCAUUACUGUCUUGGUGUUGCUGCAAAAGAAGCAGAAGACAAAGUGAUCCUGAAAACAUUGCUGUGCAAUUAGAUUCUAGUGAGUCAACAGUGUAGAGCCUAAGGAAAUUACUUCCCUUGUUUAGUGAGAAAUGUAUUUACAUAUAGCAGCUUCUCCAUCUUGCCUUAAGUGCAAGUAUGUGUUUCUGAAUCAGACAGGGUUGAGAAAUUAUUCAAUACCUUAACCCUUUAACUCCUAUGAGCGACCAAGACAGAAUUUCUCCUUACAUUACCAGUAAACUAUCAACCAGAUAAGUGAUGAGAAUAAAGAAAAAUAUCAAUUUGGGGAUAGUUAGUUGAUCCAAUACUAAAUUCUCUGAACUAACAUUAUAAGAAUUGUAUGGUUGACAAUAAGGAGAAUAACAAAUUUGAUCUGGGAGUUAAAGGGUUAACCAAGAUACACUGUGAGGACUGUAAUACAUUGCAGGAACAUGUUGCAGAGACAAAUCCUCUUGAACUUUGUGCAUAAAAGCAAGUGACACAAAUUGAAACUGGUUUGCAAUUGGAUUUGAGCAUUUCAUGGCAGUUUUCAAAUGGGCCAUACAUGGACCUCAAAUUUAAAAGCUGUACAAUUUGUUGCAGUGACUUCUUUAAGUGUCAUGAAGGAUUAUACUUGCUUUAUUUAACUUUCAUUUAUUUAUAAUUGAAUGGAUGAAUUAUUGUACUUUGUAUGAGUAUUAGACUAUGAAGCUUUGUUUUGUUGGUAUGAUAAAGAUUUGGGUUUUUGAAACAAUUCUUUUUUCUGCAAUUUAAAUGGAAUUAAUGGGAAAGUUUCAAUUGGUUUGCUUGAAAAGUGAGAGUAAGGUUAUGAAUGAAUUUUUGUUCUUAUUCAAUUAUGUGUUUCUGCAAAAAUAAGCUAUGAAUAUUAAGAAUGCUUUUAAAAAGCUUCUAGAAAAAUAGAGUUAUUUAACGUGAAAGAGUGAUACAAAUUAGUAGUGAUGAUGAUAAUAACAUUUUAUAUAUGUAGCAUUAUUUCUAUUGCUAUUCAAUAGCACUUUACAAUAACUUGAAAGUCCCAACUGGCAGGAGGCAAACCAGGUGGUUAUUUACACAGCACAGCCAAGGGGUUGAACUCAGGGCGACCAAAAACAUAUCUAGUGAAUGGCAAGGUGAAGGACUUGAAACUGGGACCACCAAAUUACAAGUCUGGGGCCCUAACCACUCGGCCACACCACCUAAAAUGUUUAACAGCCAAAUGGUUGUUAAGAAUUUUCCCUUUGCCAAAUACAAUAUCCCAAUUAGGAUUAGAAUAAAAUAUAAUAUGGUUUGGAUUGAAUAGGAAAUUAAAUUCUCUUUGUGUGAUUGCUACAGAUUGGGAAUAUUUUAGGGAAAAAAAUUUACAAGGGCAGGAAUGAAGUUAGUGAAUUUAUAGUGAAAAUUGUAAGGGAUAAAAGGGUCUGGAGAAACUGAUCUUAUCAACCUGUUUCAGUACUAUUGAUAUCUGUAAGAAGGUUUUUUAGUUUUUUAGAUGCAUUGACCUUAAUAUGACAAAAUUCCUUCUUCAUGAGGGGUUUUUUGUUUUUUGGUCAUGACACCUACUACAGGUAGCCCUAGCUCAUACAAUGAACCCAAUAUAGUGAUUAGUAUGUAUAUAUGUUUAUGUGGCACAAAGGGUGAAGAUAAAGGAUUUGUAUGGGA